AUGAAUAAAGGAUAUAUUAAGAUUACUUUGGCACUUUUAAGUAUCGUAGGAUGUAUGCAAAAUAUAGCAUUUGCAAGCGAAACUGCUGCAACCACUAAUUCUUCAAAUGACGACGAUAAAUACCAAGCAUAUUUCGAUCCCGUAGCUGCCAAAAAACAUUUAGAAGCUAAACACGCUAAAGAAGCUAAACAAGGAGCAGAUAUUAUGACCGAAGCUCUGUCUCUUUAUGCUGAUGUAGUAAACCUGCUAUGGAAUCCCAAUGGUGCAAAGGAUUUCGAUGACACAUUCAUUGAAGGAUAUUUUCCUAAAGUAUACAACGAAAAUUUAGCAGUUGUACAACAUCGUUACGCAAGUUCUGUUAAAAGUUGGCCAUUAUUUUAUCAUGCAUUAGCCAACAAAGUUGAAUUAUCAGAAAAAAAAACCGUAAUACUCUUGGUUUCAUCAAAUAUAGAAGAUUCCUAUUAUCAUUUCAAUAAAGAAUAUAUAAACCCUAUCGUAAAAAGUGCAAACUCAUUCCGCCCUUAUAUUGAUUCUGAAGACGAUAUUAGAGGGGGAAAAUUAAUAAAAAUAUAUGCUAACUUAGUAGGAUUUAUCAUUGAAAAGGAAGAAGAUUGCGUUAAAAUUACCUAUGUCAGCUCUUUUAAUUUAGACUUUUCUCCUGGAUUCCCAGAUCACAUAGCUAGAAAAGUAUUAGCCGACAGAAUUUUAAAAGUUAUCAAUUUAAAGAAUAUUUUUAAAAGUGAUAAACCUCUUUCCAUGUGGAAUUUCCAAAAAAAAUGA